CCGUCUGCGUGGCUGGUGAUUUGCUCUCUUCUACGUCAUUGGAAUCUCAAAAUGGCUCCUGCUCACCGCCCAAAUGGGGGCGGCUGCCGGUUUUUCUAAUAACAAAAUUAUACACGACCAGGCGACUGAUAUUCCCCCUUUUCCUGCCGCCGUCGCUCGGAAUAGCAACCGUAUUUUGAUUAUGCGUCAUUCUGUAAGGAGGGAUACUCUCUGAGAUCAUGAUAGGUAUAAUAGCUAGACAAGGAAAAACGGGGAAAGAGCAAGCAAAGCUGAACCAGCCACCACAGCGUUUUUGUUAUGGAGCAGUGGUGUAGGGAAUGUGAAUGACAUGGAAAAGGCAUAUAAUGUCUCUUCUCCACCGGCUUUCUGUGUUGGUGCGAACGAAAAGGGGACCAGCAGCACAUAUGUCACCCAGCCGCUGUCUCACGGUACCGCCGAAGCGGCAGCUCGUAUCUCUAAACAUGUCAGCAGGGACACAACGGGUUGCAGUGACAGCAGGGAGUCGGGUGAAGCAGGAGAGGAUAUUGGCCGUUCCACGGUUUUAGUUACUGACAGUCCAUCCGGUGGCACUGUAAGCAAUUGUGUUAUUCCUGAGCCAGGUUGUGACUCUGCUACAAACGGGUUUACUGUGUCAACAAUGGUAGGCGCCAAGGCAGGGAACUCCUCUGCUGUCGCUGCAGUGAGUCGAGAGGAAAUGGACGGGAAUGCUCUCCAGAGGAUUUCACUGGCAGAGAAGAACAAGGAAUCCUCUGCAGAAGAAGUAGAUGCCUAUCAUCCACCAUUGAACUUUGUGACAGCAGCUGAGACUGUAGAGUCAUUGACACACUCCUGCAAUGGACAGCUUGAACUGAGCUGCACAGCUGCCUCCCGGACUGUUCCAGAGGGGCUCUCGAAUUGGGACACAGACAGUGUUAUUCAGAGCACCCUCAGCAGUGAUGCUGUUAUUAGGCGACCGGUUAACUGGAGUAUGACCCCUGACAAGGAGGCCAAAAUGGCAAAUGGUGGAUUAUUUAUAGGACACAGCAGCGCCAAGUUACACACAGAGACAGUUGUAACAAUUAUUUUGGAUGGAGCUGCAACAUGUCUCUCUAACACACAGUGUGAAAAACCCUCAAUUGCAAUGAGUGCAAGGGAGGGACAUCACGAAUCCUGCAAUAUCAGAGUGGAACCUGACGGAGCCGGGGCCCAGCCUAGGACACAAGCUAACGUAGCAGGAGAUCUAUCUGGUGGUGCUACAUCCAAUCUCACCUCUCAGGGUUUACCAUCAAGCCCAGCACCAACGAAAGACCCCUGUAGGGUCAGUGCUAAACCAGACACCAUUCAGGGAGAGGAACCUUCAGCAUCUGGUCACCAAGGAGAUGAUCUUUCUUCCAGACCCCAUCCUCAGGCGCUCAGGACCAGGACUGUGCCCAACAGUGUGAGCUAUGACUCCACUAUUCUCAGUCCAGGGGAUGAGGAUGGGGAGACCUUCGCGGAGCUGGGGGCCCAGGGCCACAGUGACCGCCGAUUCAUGGACGUCAGUCUGAGCUCCAGGAACACCUUUGAGUCCAGCAGACGUCAGUCUGCCCCAGGGGAUAUACCAGAGGGCCUGAGUGUAGUUUCGGCAGACACCUCAGAACUGGCUUUACAGUCCAAAAGACCCGGCAUUGCUGAGUAUUUUGGCAGGAGUUUAUUUCCCAAGAAGCAGAGAGAGCCGAAGGGUCCGUCUCAGAAUGUUCCUGGUUGGAAGCUGUUUGGGAAGGUUCCCGCUAGAGAGAGCGCUCCCAAGGACUCCAGGACCAUACAGCAGGAGAGUACUCCAGAUGGUCUCGCGUCUGUGUCCACACCAAAUCUCUUAAGCGCAGGGGAGUUUGAGGCCAGGGUGGGCAAGGCUGGGCCUGGGGGAACGUCAGCUGGGACGUCCCCUACUCAGCCUCAACAGGGCCGGAGGAAGAACCUGGAGUUUGAGCCACUGUCCACCACAGCUCUUAUACUGGAGGACAGGCCUGCGAACCUUCCUGCCAAGUCUGUGGAGGAGGCCCAGCGUCACCGCCAGGAGUAUGACGAGAUGGUGGCCGAGGCCAAGAAGAGAGAAUUGAAGGAGGCCCAGAGGAAGAGGAAAGAGAUGAAGGAGAGGUUUAAGCAGGAGGACAGCAUCGCCAACGCCAUGGUGGUCUGGAACAACGACAUCCUGCCCAACUGGGAAAACACGCGUAACACUCGGCGGGUGCGAGAGCUCUGGUGGCAGGGCUUGCCCCCCAACGUCCGAGGAAAGGUCUGGAGCCUGGCCAUAGGCAACGAGCUCAACAUCACCCCAGAGCUGUAUGAAAUAUUCCUCUCCAGAGCAAAGGAGAGAUGGAGGAGUUUCAGUGAGACGGGUUCAGAAACAGAGGCUGACGAUGGGGCAUCACUGGCAGACAGAGAGUCCAGUCUGGAUCUGAUCAAGCUGGACAUAUCCCGCACAUUCCCUCCUCUUUUUAUCUUCCAGAAGGGUGGGCCAUAUCAUGAUCUCCUCCACAGUGUGCUGGGGGCCUACACCUGUUACAGACCUGACGUGGGAUAUGUCCAGGGCAUGUCCUUCAUAGCUGCAGUGUUAAUCCUCAACCUGGAGGAAGCUGAUGCCUUCAUCGCAUUCGCUAACCUGCUCAACAAACCCUGUCAGCUGGCCUUUUUCAGAGUGGACCAUGAUCUGAUGCUGAAAUACUUUGCUGCAUUCGAGGUGUUCUUUGAAGAGAACCUCCCAAGACUAUUUAACCACUUCCAGAGCUCCAACCUCACCCCAGAUCUCUAUCUCAUAGACUGGAUCUUCACUCUGUACAGUAAGUCGUUGCCAUUGGACGUGGCGUGUCGCGUGUGGGACGUAUUCUGUCGUGACGGCGAGGAGUUCCUGUUCCGGACAGGUCUGGGGAUUCUGCGUCUGUAUGAGGACAUGCUCCUACAGUUGGAUUUCAUCCGCAGCGCCCAGUUUCUGACACGCCUCCCUGAGGAUAUAGGCUCAGAUAGGCUGUUCGCCUGCAUUGCGGCCGCGCCCAUGCUCAAUGGAAACAGAAAAUGGUCCCAGGUAUUUCACGCGUUGAUAAAGGACAACAAGGACAUGGACAGGAAUUGCAACCCAGCACAAAAGAGUUUAUGAUUCAGCAGUGGAACAUUUGAAUGAUCAUGUUCCUCUCUUUAAUUGAGAGGCUUUGAUCACCUUAGAUUGAUCAUGGUAAAUGGACCUCAAAGAAUUUCAUACUUGAAGAUGGAGGCCUUGAACACCAUUGGCAAUUUGAUUGAAUUUAGAGUAUUUAUGGUAGUAUAUCAUGAAUAUACAGUACCAGUCAAAAGACAGACCUACUCAUUCAAGGGUUUUUCUUUUUUACUAUUAUUUAGAAUAAUAGUGAAGACAUCAAAACUAUGACAUAACAUAUAUGGAAUCAUGUAGUAACCAAAAAAGUGUUAAACAAGUCCAAAUAGAUUUUAGAUUCAAAGUAGCCACGCUUUGUCUUGACGAAAGCUUUGCACACUCUUGGCAUUCUCUCAACCAGCUUCACCUGGAAUGCUUUUCCAACAGUCUUGAAAGGGUUCCUACACAUGCUGAGCACUUGUUGGCUGCUUUUCCUUCACUCUGCGGUCCAACUCAUUCCAAACCAUCUCAAUUGGGUUGAGGUCGGGGGAUUGUGGAGGCCAGGUCAUCUGAUGCAGCAGUCCAUCACUCUCCUUCUUGGUCAAAUAGCCCUUACACAGCCUGGAGGUGUGUUGUGUCAUUGUCCUGUUGAAAAACAAAUGAUAGUAACACUAAGCGCAAACCAGACAGUAUGGCGUAUCGCUGCAGAAUUCUGUGGUAGCCAUGCUGGUUAAGUGUGCCAUGAAUUCUAAAUAAAUCACUGACAGUGUCACCAUAAAAGCACCAUCACACCUCCAUGCUUCAUGGCCGGAACUACACAUGGAGAUCAUCCAUUCAUCGACUCUGCAUCUCACAAAAACACGACGGGUGGGACCAAAAAUCUCAAAUGUGGACUCAUUAGACCAAAGGACAGAUUUCCACUGGUCUAAUGUCCAUUGCUUGUGUUUCUUGGCCCAAGCAUGUCUCUUCUUCUUAUUGGUGUUGUUUAGUAGUGGUUUCUUUGCAGCAAUUCAACCAUGAAGGCCUGAUUCACACAGUCUCCUCUGAACAGUUGAUGUUGAUAUGUGUCUGUUACUUGAACUCUGAAGCAUUUAUUUAGGCUGUAAUCUGAGGUGCAGUUAACUCUAAUGAACUUAUCCUCUGCAGCAGAGGUAACUCUGGGUCUACCUUUCCUGUGGUGGCCCUCGUGAGAGCCAGUUUCAUCAUAGCGCUUGAUGGUUUUUGUGACUGCACUUGAAGAAACUUUCAAAGUUAUUGUAAUUUUUCAGAUUGACUGACCUUCAUGUCUUAAAGUAAUGAUGGAUUGUCGUUUCUAUUUGUUUAUUUGAGCUGUUCUUGCCAUAAUAUGGACUUGGUCUUUUACCAAAUAAGGCUAUCAUCUGAAAACCACCCCCACCCCUGUCAAAACACAACUGAUUGGCUCAAACACAUUCAGAAGAAAAGUACAUUUGUGGAAUUUCUUUCAUCAAGGCACACCUGUUAAUUGAAAUGCAUUCCAGGUGACUACCACAUGAAGCUGGUUGAGAGAAUGCCAAGAGUGCAAAGCUGCCAUCAAAGGAAAGGGUGGCUACUUUGAAGAAUUUCAAAUGUAAAAUACAUUUGUUUGACACUUUUUUGGUUACUACAAGAUUCCAUAUAUGUUAUUUCAUAGUUUUGAUGUCUUCACUAUUAUUCUAAAAUAAUAGUAAAAAUAAAGAAAAACCCUUGAAUGAAUAGGUGUCCAAACUUUUGACUGGUACUGUAUGAUGACAUACUGAAGUUAGACCCAAUUCAUUACAUCUAGUCCCAUCACAAAAGUCUGGAGUUUCUUAAUUGAGUGAGGCCCUUAGUUAUACCUGUGGAUUUUAUCUCACUAACAUAAGAUAUUUAAUGAUAAUGCACCUCAAGUAUAGAUUUACAGUAUAUGAUUUAAUGGACCAAGCCAAUAUAACAACAUGGAACAAAAUGACACAGCCCAUGCAUUUCUUAAGUCUCUGAAGCUUGACAUCGAACAGUUUCUGCACAACUAAACUAACAGUAAUAGGUUUUCAUUACAGUAAGCACUUGUUUCCGAAAGACCCAUAAAAAGUGCAAAAGAGAACGUGUGGCACAUGAAGUUUCUGUUUUGCUUUUGUGUGUGAAUGAAUCCACAGUGAAGCUCUAAUAUUGUUGUGAAUGAAAGAGCAAUGAGACCCUAGUUCAAAGCACCUAUUCAUGAAACAUAAUUUACGUUUAAAACAUUGUGAUGUUGCUCGCAUCUUUUGUUACUUUACAUUUGACUUAUAUGUUGAGAUGCAACAUAUUUUUUAAUCAAUGCUGUAUUUCAUGAUUCUACAGGACAUUUUUCAUAUCUUAUAUAUUGGAUAUAAAAAAGUUGUAUAUUGUUUCUUUUGCAUUUUUUUCUAUGCUCUAUUGUACAGUUUUCAUACUACUAUGUUAGAACAAUUGUAAAUAUAUUUGAAAUGAAUUUUAAAAAAGUACCUCUGUGAUACUGUAUCAGACCAGAAGUUAUGAAUUAUGUGAAUAAAUCAAAGAUAUGAUAAUUGCA